UUUUAACCUAACUUUAAAGUAUUUAAUUUUUUAGUUUUUAUUAUUUAUUUUUAUGAAUAAUCUAAGGACCUAAAAAUGAGCAACCAGGAACCUGAAAACGUGAGCGAACCAGAACCCCAAAAAAUCAGCGAAGGUCUCGCCGAAGUGCAAACGACAGGAAAAGUCUUCUACAAUCCUGUACAGGAGUUCAAUAGAGAUUUGAGCAUAAGCGUAAUAUCGACUUACACAAGGCAACUGCUCAAAGACCAACUAUGCACACAACCUGGUGUCAAAUGCGAAGCCGGAAUUUCGAUUCUGGAAGCCCUAAGUGCCACAGGAUUGAGGAGCAUACGGUAUGCCAAAGAAAUUCCUGGCAUCAACAAGAUAAUUGCAAAUGAUAUUUCUGCCAGGGCUGUUCAGGAUAUCAACAGUAAUAUCAAAUUGAAUAAUGUGGAAGAUUUAAUUGAAGCCAGUCAAAAUGAUGCUACCAUGUUAAUGUACCAACACAAAAAGGAUUCAUUCGAUGUCAUCGAUUUAGACCCGUACGGUUGUCCAUCGAUAUUUCUGGACUCUGCGGUACAAUCCAUCAAAAAUGGAGGGCUAUUGCUGGUGACGGCGACCGAUAUGGCCAUUUUGGCAGGCAACACUCCGGAAACUUGCUACGUAAAGUACGGGGCGGUUUCUUUGCGGAUGAAGUGCUGUCACGAAAUGGCCCUGAGAAUUUUGUUGCAGUGUAUAGAGUCGCACGCUAACCGAUACGGUCGCUACAUAGAGCCUCUAUUGUCGGUGUCUGCCGAUUUCUACGUCCGAGUAUUCGUCAAAGUGUUUCAUGGGGCGCAGAAAUGUAAACACACUAUAAGUAAAUUGUCUCACGUCUACCAUUGCACUGGAUGCGACAGUUUUGCGCUACAGCCCCUCGGAGUAACAAAACCGCACGAGAAAAACGACAAGUUGGUUAAGUUUUGUUUGCCUACUGGACCUCCUGUUUCCAGCAAAUGUGAACACUGUGGAGGUUCUUAUCAUAUUGGCGGACCAAUUUGGUCAGCUCCGAUUCACCAUCCAACUUUUGUAAAAGAAGUCCUGACCUCGGCUUCACCCGGAUUGGGCACCUACAAACGUAUUCAAGGAGUUUUAAGUGUCAUCUCGGAAGAGCUUGUCGACGUACCUCUUUACUACACCCUAGAGCGCCUUGCUGGAACCAUCAAAGUUGAAACUCCCUCCAUGAUGGCAGUAAGGUCAGCCAUUUUGAAUGCGGGCUUCAGAGUCUCCUACACUCACGCUAACAAGACUUCAAUUAAGACUGACGCGCCUGCGAGAGUAGUAUGGGACAUAAUGCGGUGCUGGGAAAAGCUGCAUCCAGCAUCGAAGAAGCGCAUCGAAGGGAAUAAAGUAGCUUCCACAGUGUUGCAGCAGGCACCGCAGCGAGAAUAUUUGUUUGACAUACAUCCGGAAGCUAAUCCAGAGUCAAAACAAAAGGGCCUGGUCAGGUUCCAAGCAAAUCCAAUGCCUUUUUGGGGCCCUGGGUCUCGUUCACAAGCAAUGGUGGGCCAAGAUAAAAUGACAAGAAGCGUCAAGAAUCAAGGCAAAAGAAAACGACCAGCGGAUGAUUCUGAUUGUAAUGAUAGAGUAGAGAAUAAAUUGUGUAAUUAAAACUUUUGAAAAAUUAUUUGAGGAAACCUAGCAACAACUAAUUUAGCUUUAAAUGAGCAAGCAGUCUAACAUCGAAUGUUGGGUUUGCACCUUUGCUGUCUGUUGGUUGAAACAAAAAUUUCACGAAUACUUUGCCAAACAGAAUAGAAACUUCACAAGUCAACUUUUUUUGCAUAACUUGGGCUAGUUUGCUUAAAAUUAGAAUUUGUUUCACUCUUUCUGCAAACAACUGCUGAGCACCUGAGGCAUGACCUCAUAGUACAGCAUAGGAAAGUUGUGUCUAAAAAGUUACAGAAAAAGCAGUUUUUAGUACCAUUGAGAAUACAUUUUCUGCAAGACGACGUAGCAGAUUUCGGUUUAGCUUUGAGGCUAUGCAACCUGAAUGUGUAUUCACCAUUGUGUUUUUGGGUCAAUAAGAACCCCAAGGAACCUGGUCAUUUACUGUUCCAAUCUCUCUUAGAGCAAACACCUUCGUCUCCGUCUUGCUUUUGUUUAACACUAGCAUCCAGCCAUUGAAAGAACCCCACAAUGAAGCUUCAAGGCAGUCCGCCAACACAGAGUCCGUCGUGUCAUCAGCAGAAAUAUUAGACGUAGAAUGAAUAUCCUUGAGUUAUUCCUAUUUUUAUGUUCUGCCCUGCUGACGUCACACUAUUGUAAAUAGGUCGUAGAUUAAGUAGAUAGGACUAUAAAAGUUAAAGGCUACCAUUACUGCGCAGAAGAAUUCGAUGGUCAACACAGUCAAAAGCUUUGCCGAGAUCACAAAACAAAACCGUAUUAUAGCAGAGUCCAUCAAAAGCAUCCAUAAUAUCAAACAUGAAAUGAAGGACUCCCAAAAUGGUGCUUUUUUCUAAACCCAAAUUGAUUUCCAUUAAGAAGAUCGUUUACUUGAGGGUAAAUUAUUGAUACAAUGGGAAUGAGGACGUUUUAACAAUCAAAUAAUCAAAAAGUCUAAUAGUUUACAGUUUACUUCUUUUAUUCA